UGUCCACUGCAUCUCCAGUCAAUGAUGAAACCAAACCCGGCAUUAAACUACAGAAUCAUUCGUAACAAACCUACCUGCUUCCAUUUGAAUACUACUCUCUGCUUCCAACUCCCCAGCUAAAGCACAGCGACAAUAGAUCGAGCAGAACAGAGCAGAGUCGAUCGAGGAGGAGAAACCUACGGCUAUGGCUAUGGAUGCCAUCGAGUUCUUCAAAGGCUACGGCCGAGUGAACGAGACCGUCGACAAGCGCUUGCGCAGCGCCACACGGAGGCGCCUCAUUCUCGUCGUUGCCUCCGCCGCCGCCCUCCUCCUGGUCUUCUUAGUCGCCGUUCCCAUCGCCGUGAGCAAGCGCGGCCGCUCUCCCUCACCGGAGGGUGUUGCCGAUUCCAUCAGGGCCAUGUGCAACGUCACGCGCUACCCGGCCUCGUGCUUCUCCAGUGUCUCCGCCGCAAAUGGGGCGAACCUCACCACCGACCCUGAGGAGCUCUUCGGCGUCUCCCUUGCCGUCGCCAUGGACGCCCUGGCGGCCGCCUCCGCCGCGGCGUCCGAAUUCGCGCCGCCGAGUAAGGAUCGGCGCCUCGCUGCGGCGCUGCGCGACUGCAGGGAGCUUCUCGGCAGCGCGAUCGACCGGAUUAACGACUCGAUCGCGUUGAUGCGGCCGGCGGCGGGAGAGGCGACGCUGAACGCGUCCGAGAUCGAGGAGCUGAGGACGUGGCUGAGCGCGGCGGUGACGAAUCAAGACACGUGCCUGGAAGGGUUCGAGGGCACCACGGGCGGGUUCCUGGGAAAGAUGGAGGCGGCGAUGGCGAACGCGACGGAGUACACGAGCAAUAGCUUGGCGAUCGCGACGGGGAUUUUGGGGGCAAUGGAAAAGUCGAGGUUUCCCCUGCACAGGAGGCGGCUUUUGUAUGCGGGAGGAGGGAGGGAGUGGAUGCGUAGGGCGCUGCAGGAAAAAGGGAAGCCAAAGCCCAACGUGACGGUGGCGGCCGACGGAAGCGGGCAGGUGAGAACCAUCAAGGAGGCGGUGGAUCUGGCGCCGCGGAGGAGCGAGGAGGCCUUCGUGAUCUACAUCAAGGCAGGAGUGUACAAGGAGCAGGUGGUGGUGGGCAAGGACCAGUGGAACGUCGUCAUGUUCGGCGACGGCAUGGACAAGACGGUGGUGGAGGGAAAUUCGAACUUCGUCGGCGGCACUCCCACCUUCUCCACCGCAACCUUCAUUGCCGAGGGGAAGGGCUUCGUCGCCAUGAACAUGGGCUUCAAGAACUCUGCCGGGCCGGAGAAGCACCAGGCGGUGGCGCUCCGCUCUAGCUCUGAUCGCUCCGUCUUCUUCCGCUGCGGCUUCGACAGUUUCCAGGGCAGCCUCUACGCGCACUCCCUUCGUCAAUUCUACCGCGAGUGCCACAUCGCCGGCACAGUCGACUUCAUCUUCGGCAACGCCGCCGCCACGUUCCAGGCCUGCCUAAUCCGGCCCAAGCAGGCGCUCCUGCACCAGGAGAACACCGUGACUGCCCAGGGCAAGUCCGACCCCAACCAGAACACAGGCUUCGCCCUCCAGGCCUGCUCCAUCCAACGGCUCGACUCCGACGUAACCGUGCCGAGCUACCUCGGACGGCCGUGGAAGGACUACUCCACCACCGUGGUCAUGCAAUCGGAGAUCGGGUCAGUGAUCGACCCAGCGGGGUGGCUCUCGUGGGUGGUCGGCGAGGAGCCACCGAACACGAUCAAGUACGGCGAGUACCAGAACAAUGGGGCGGGGUCGAGCGUCGCAGGCCGAGUCCAUUGGCCGGGAUACAGCCCGGCGAUGAGUGAGGCGGAGGCGAACCGGUACACGGUGGAAGCGUUGAUCAGCGGCGGGGAUUGGAUUCCGGCCACUGGUGUGCAGUUCCAAUCAAACCUGGGAUAGCAAUGAGCAAUCAGUUUGUUGAUUUCUUGAAUUCUUGUUGUAAUAAUCCUUUUCCAGAUUCGAUCAAGUUCCUCCUUGUCAUUUGCCAAGCAGAAUCCCAAUAUAUAAAUAAUUAU